AUGCAGUCCCAUAUAUUCAAUUAUGCAUUAAUAUUAACAUUUAUAUUACAACUUGUAUCUUCAUUACAUAUGGAAAUUCCAUCAUUACCAAAUCCAGAUCCAGUCUGUAUUCGUGAUUUCGUACAAGAAAAUCAAAUGGUAACAGUAAAUAUAAAUACAGAUGGUUCAAAGGGAGAUGGACAAAGAUUAGAUAUUAAAAUAACUGAUUCUUUAGGAAAUAAUUAUGCAACAAGAAAAGAUAUUGUAGGAAAUGUUAAAUUAGCAUUUACUUCACAUAAUAAUGCUGCUAUAGAUGUAUGUUUUAUUAAUUAUUUAGAAGCAAAAUGGAAACAUCAUGGUGCAAGAUCAAAUUCAAUAAGAUCAGUUGAAUUAGAAAUUGAAAGUGGUGCAGCUGCAAGAGAUUGGAAUGCUUUACAAGCAAGUGAAAAAUUAAAACCUAAUGAAUUAGAAUUGAAAAAAAUUGAAAGUUUAACUGCUGAAAUUGUUGAAGAAUUACAAUAUUUAAAAUCAAGAGAAGAAAGAAUGAGAGAUACUAAUGAAUCUACAAAUUCAAGAGUUAAAUGGUUUUCAAUAAUUAUUAUAUUGUCAUUAAUUGGAUUUGGAGCUUGGCAAAUUCAAUAUUUAAGACAUUAUUUUAAAGUAAAACAUAUUAUUUAA